AUGGUAGUAGAAAAUUGUACUUCUACCACGCCCUCUGGCGCACUUGGCCACGCCCCUGCCGGUUUAGCUACGCCCCCUGACGUACUUGGCCACGCCCCUACCGGUUUGGCCACGCCCCCUACCGGUUUGGCCACGCCCCCUACCGGUUUGGCCACGCCCUCUGGCGAACUUGGCCACGCCCCUACCGGUUUGGCCACGCCCCCCUUCCGGUUUGGCCACGCCCUCUGGCGUACUUGGCCACGCCCCUACCGGUUUGGCCACGCCCCUACCGGUUUGGCCACGCCCCCUACCGGUUUGGCCACGCCCCCUACCAGUUUGGCCACGCCCCCUACCAGUUUGGCCACGCCCCCUACCAGUUUGGCCACGCCCCCUACCAGUUUGGCCACGCCCCCUACCAGUUUGGCCACGCCCUCUGGCGUACUUGGCCACGCCCCUACCGGUUUGGCCACGCCCCCUGGCGUACUUGGCCACGCCCCCUACCGGUUUGGCCACGCCCCUACCGGUUUGGCCACGCCCCCUUCCGGUUUGGCCACGCCCUCUGGCGUACUUGGCCACGCCCCUACCGGUUUGGCCACGCCCCUACCGGUUUGGCCACGCCCCCUACCGGUUUGGCCACGCCCCCUACCAGUUUGGCCACGCCCCCUACCAGUUUGGCCACGCCCUCUGGCGUACUUGGCCACGCCCCUACCGGUUUGGCCACGCCCCCUGGCGUACUUGGCCACGCCCCCUACCGGUUUGGCCACGCCCUCUGGCGUACUUGGCCACGCCCCUACCUGUUUGGCCACGCCCCCUACCGGUUUGGCCACGCCCUCUGGCACAUCAAUGAAUGAAACUGAAAAAUUUAAAGUCCUGAAUUUAUUACCAUGUCUGGGUAGACCAAGAAUGUUCGAAAAUAUUGUAUUGAUACCACUGUAUAAAAUAUCAGACAAGUUACAACAGCAAAAUUCAAUGACAUAA